AAGGUGUUUGAAUUCCAAGCCCAGCAGCCGGUGCCUGCGGGAGACGAGCAAUGCUGGAAGUGCUGUAGCUGAGCCGGAGAUGGAUAGUGUCAGCAGCAACAGGAACAUGUCUUACAGUAGAUGGAGUUACAACAGUGUUCUGGAUGAUGAGGGGAGCAGCCUGCGUCAGCAGAAGCUUGACAGGCAGCGGGCACUGCUAGAGCAGAAGCAGAAAAAAAAGCGCCAGGAGCCACUAAUGGUCCAGUCCAAUGUGGACAGUCGGACGAGGACGCGCAGGACGAAACACUCGGAGGAACAGGCGCCGUUGGUUGAGUCGUAUCUUAACAGCAACAGCAGCACAAUAUAUCAGGGUAUAAAAAUGUCAUCUAUAGCAUCUGUUAAAUUAGGCUCAUUGGACGCCCAAGCUCCGAAACCAACUAAAAAAACCAAGGGAGCAGCUGCAAGCUGUCAGACUAGCAGCACCAGAAAGGAGAAAAAAGGGAAACACAAAGGGAUUGAUGGCCCAGCUGCUUUUCAAGAUGAUGUUCAGAAGAUAGGAAGUCAAGUGCAGAUUCUCACUGUUGGACAGUCCAGCCACGAUGAAGAUGAUGGAGAGAAAGUGGCUAGUGGUCAACAACAGCAAAGCAAACAAGAUCUUAGAACAGCAAUGCAGAAAAAAGGCAUUUCAAGUAGCAUGAAUUUUGAUGAGGAAGAAGAUGAGGAAGAUGAAGACAGCUCCAGUUCUUCACAGUUAAACAGUAACACCCGGCCUGGUUCUGCCACGAGCAAGAAAUCCAACAAGGAAGCAGCCUCAGCCCCCAGUCCUUCCACAAAUGAGCCUCUCAUAGACGUUGAUGACCUGGAGGAAUUUGCCAUAAGACCUGCUCCACAGGGUGUCACUGUCAAGUGCAGAAUCACAAGAGACAAGAAGGGAAUGGAUCGAGGGAUGUACCCUACUUAUUACCUCCACUUGGAAAGGGAGCAUGGUAAAAAGGUCUUUCUGUUAGCUGGACGGAAACGAAAGAAGAGUAAAACCUCUAAUUACCUCAUCUCUAUAGACCCAACUGACCUGUCUCGGGGUGGAGAGAGUUUUAUUGGAAAACUGAGAUCAAAUCUUAUGGGAACUAAGUUUACAGUUUAUGACAAUGGAGUAAAUCCAAUGAAAACAACAUCAAGCCUGGAGGCGAGUACCCUGCGUCAGGAGCUAGCUGCUAUUUGUUAUGAAACAAAUGUCUUGGGGUUUAAAGGACCUCGUAAAAUGAGUGUGAUCAUACCAGGAAUGAAUAUGGACCACGAAAGAGUUUCCAUCAGGCCACGAAAUGAACAUGAGACGCUUCUUGCAAGAUGGCAGAACAAAAACACAGAGAGUGUCAUUGAGCUGCAUAACAAAACGCCAGUCUGGAAUGAUGACACCCAGUCCUAUGUUUUAAAUUUCCAUGGUCGAGUCACACUGGCCUCGGUGAAAAACUUCCAAAUUAUUCAUGACAAUGAUCCUGACUAUAUAGUGAUGCAGUUUGGCCGCGUGGCUGAGGAUGUGUUCACCAUGGACUACAACUACCCAAUGUGUGCACUUCAAGCCUUUGCAAUUGCCCUUUCCAGUUUUGACAGCAAGCUGGCUUGUGAGUAAAGGGGCGUGGGUGAGCAUCCUCUCAAAGGAAGCAGUUUGCCAUAUGAUUCCCAAUUCCUGCUGGUGUCACUUGUGGUCCAUAAUAAAAAGGUCAGGGAAAAUGCAGUUGUGGAGGACUACUCUAUUGCUGAAGAGAAAGUAAAAGGAAUCUUUUAAAAAUUCAGGACAUUCAGGAAAUUAUAUUUUCCUUUUUUUUUUUUUUUUCCCUGUCAUAUUUUUCUGGAAGUGACAUCAAGGUUUUGUAAAUAGAAGUUCUAUCUCAUGUCCCUGGUUAUGUUAUGGAUAUGUGCCAUGAUGUACUGUACCGUGGCUCUAGUAACACCAUCACAGUGGUGUCUUUUUUAAAUCCAGAAAGGGCGUGAACGCUCGAAAAGUUCCUUUUUACAUGUAAGAAUUAUUCUGAGGCUGCAAUCCAUACCUCAAGGUUGCAUUCCUACAUCGACUAAUCAGAGCUUCACAUCAUCCAGCGUUAAAGAAAGAUCAGAAAAAAAGAUGCACUUUUUUUUGAUUGUGCAAGGAUCUCGUGUAGUAUAAAGCCAAGUCUGAAGGUUGAAAACCUAUACUGGACUGAACUUGAUGCAUUGCUAUUGUACAUGUAGUAGGGCAUGAUGAAUUUUAAUUGCAGUAGGAGGAAAUGGAGAAGUAGAAAGCACAAAACAAUGUUGCACAAGUCACUUGAAUUCUAAGCUGUUGUUAUGUUUUAACAUCUACAUGCUUUUUAAUUUGUUUCAAAUGAAAAUGUAUUUGAAGUACAGAAAAGGGAAAGGGAAACAUCUAGAUGCUAAGAAAGCAUAACUUAUGUUGAAUUUGGCAUUUCGUGUGCUGGGAAUUUAUAUCCUUGUAUUUCUCUGGUAAUUCAAACACAUAUUUUGUAUGAAGUGAUAUAAACAGUUGGAUAAAGGCUCUCUGCAACAAAUCUUAUUAUUUUGAACAGGCUGUGUAAAGCUGAGGAAGGUAAAUGGAAAUAUUUUAUUAAAUUUGUCUGGCCUUUUGAGCUUUUACAAUUUGUUGAUUGCAUUUUUGAACUUUCAGCGACAACCACUUUUCAUAUUUAUUUCCCAUUGUAAGAAUACUUGAAAUCGAUUGAAACUGUGUAUGUUGUUCUCUGAUGUAAAUGUGCCAGCUACUGAGCUAAAUCCUUCUAGGCAAAUCUAGUGUAUACUGCAUACAAAUGAGACACUGGCAGGACACAGAAUACCUUAAAAUAGUGUGGAAUUUUUGGUUCCUUUUUUCUGAUUUAUCUGGAAUAUAUAAAAAAAUACCGUUUCAAAACACAAGCAAAGAAAAAAACAUUCUAUUUUCUUCUCUCCUGAACAUCUCAAAAGCCCAGAGCUGCAACUGAAAGCACGCUGUAAAACACCUUUAAAAAUAAGUCUUUCUGCCAUUGUUCUGUACAAUGUUAUCCAUAAUAGUACACAAAGUAAUAGAAUUUAUAUGUAGUUCAUCAGAAGGGUAUUGAAAUGUGAGUCGAGUGAAGAAGUUGUAGCGUUUUAUACCGUGUGGAUUCAGGUCCUCCUUUUUACUCUUUAUAGACUCUUGCAUUGCACAACCAAAGAUUAUGUAAUGCAAAAAUGAGAUCAAAUCACUGUCUCAUAAUUGCCAGUCCUUUUUGACUAUAAGGGACAGUCCACAAAGCUCUCCUUAAGAUUGUGCCAUUUAGACUGUAUAAUUUCAACUAAUAAAAAAAAUAUACUCUCUUCUUCA